AUGGCCGCCGUCCUGGCCACGCUGCUGCUGCUCGGCCCGGCGGCGGCGCUGGAGGUGUGGGUGCCGGACGGCCGCACGGUGGCGCUGCUGUUCCAGCGGGUGCUGCUGCGCUGCCGCUACGAGACGGCGGCUCCGGAGCCCCCCCCGGUGGUGACUUGGAAGUUCCUGGCUCCCUGCGCCUCGGGCGAGACCAUCGCGGCGCCGCAGGGGGGGGCCGCCGCCGGGGCCGCCGCCGCCUUGUCCUGCCCCGGCGGGGCUCGCACCGUCCGCAUCGUGGCCACCAAACAGGGCAGCGCCGUCACCGUCGGGGACUUCUAUAGGGGGAGAGGGGUGACCAUCGUGGGAGGCCACGUCGGAUGGGUUGUAACCAGCAUAGUUGGCUUGGGGAUGGGCUGGGGUCACUGGGGGCACCUUGAGGACACCCUAUAG